GCAACAUAAACCCUACCUUCUCCUUCACCCUGUGAAUCUCCCAUUGCAGCUUCCAAAACCAAACCCUAAUAGGGAAGUAGGAGAUGGCGAUAGUGCCAGGGCCGUUGAUAUGGGAGAUGGUGAAGAAGAACAACUCCUUUCUGGUGAAGGAGUUCGGAAGAGGAACGGCGAGUGUACAGUUCAGCCGGGAGAGCAACAAUCUCUACAACCUCAACUCCUACAAGCAUUCCGGUUUGGCAAACAAGAAAACAGUUACCAUUCAACCUGAGGGCAAAGAUCGAUCUGUGUUGCUUGCCACAACCAAGACCAAGAAACAAAACAAGCCCGCUGCUUUACUCCACAAGUCUGUCAUGAAAAAGGACUUCCGGAGGAUGGCAAAGGCAUUGGCUAACCAGGUGGGAGAUAACUACUACAGGCCGGACCUUAAAAAAGCUGCCCUUGCUAGGUUGAGUGCUGUGCACAGGAGCCUCAAAGUCGCCAAAUCCGGUGUCAAGAAGAGGAAUAGGCAGGCCGUGAAAACUCCUUGUAGGAAGUGAGUUGGAGGUUGAUAACUUGUAUUGUGGGUUGUUUUCAUUCCCCAUAGCAUCCAUCCCGGAUUACCAUUUUUGUUUCAAUAUCCAUUUUGUCUCGACUCUUGUUUCUUGUGAUACUCUUUGAAUUCUUGAUUAUUUUGGGUUUGUUGAAUUUUUGAAUUUAACGCCACUUGUAGUCAUUGGUCGCAAGCAAUUACAAAAUACCUGCUGGAAAUGAGUAAAUGGUUUCAUUCUUCACA